AUGUACAUUAGUAGAAUCAGUAGUAGCGGUAAUAGUAGUAAUAAACGAAAAAUUGACAAUCUGGGGUCUACUCAGUCCACAUCGAAUGUUAAAACAACAACUAAAACAGAUAAAUUCUUGAACAAACAACAAUAUGGACCACUAAGAGAGAGUGUAAUAACAGUUAUUGGACUAACAAAUCCGAAUUCAAACAAUUUUUAUACAACAACGACUGACGCAUUAGAUAAUGCAUCCUAUGAAUCAUCGAGUGAACCAUUGAGUAAUAAUGAAUUGAAUUUUGAGCAACAAUUCUUUACAAGAACACCAAUCAUUACACGCACAACAAAUUUAAAUACAACCAAUACAAAUUCCAAACAACUAAUAGCUGUGAAUAUGAAUAAUUCAUCGCCAUUUUAUCGUGAACAAUCUCCGUCAAAUACUACAUUUAUGAAUUCAAGUACAUUGUACAUAAGUCAACCACAAAAGGAACCUGUACCUCGAUUUCGUGUUAAUAAUUCAUUACCAAAACCUUAUGUUAACUUUACAUUAAAUGACGGUGCUAGUAAAGAAAAACAAUCAUUUCAUCGUUUAAAUUCUCCUCGCAUAACAAUUCAUACAUCUCCUAAACAACCGCCUGUACCACCAAGAGCAACAACGGCAGGCAUAUUUUCAUUGCCAAAUUUUCGAUUACUAACUAAUACAUCAGCAAUUAUACCCGAUGAUGGUAAUGCUAAAACAGCAGCAAAAGUUCAAUUACCUAUUACACUUCUCAACGCUAAACGAACAAAUAAUACAGCGACAAAUGAUGUUGAACGAAAAUUAGCUGCGUUAACAUUAGCAUUAGAAAAAGAAUUAGAAAGCGAAGCAACUGUUGGAGAAUAUUAUGGUCAAUGCACAAAAUGUGGACAAUCUGUAACUGGUGCUCAUGAAGCAUGCCAAGCAAUGGGCAAUCUUUAUCACAAUAAUUGUUUUAAAUGUGUUCUAUGUGAACGAACACUUCGUGGUAAAGCAUUUUAUAAUGUUGCCGAUCAAGUUUAUUGUGAAGAAGAUUAUUUGUUUAGUGGAUUUCAACAAACUGCUGAAAAAUGCAUUCAAUGUGAUCACCUCAUUAUGGAUACGGUACUGCAAGCAAUAGGAAAUACAUAUCAUCCAGGAUGUUUUCGAUGUCAUAUAUGUAAUGAGUGUCUUGAUGGUGUGCCAUUUACUAUUGAUAAUGAACAUCGAAUAUUUUGCCUCUAUGAUUAUCAUAAUACAUAUGCUCCAAGAUGUGCCAAAUGUAACUAUCCAAUAUGUCCUGAAGAGGGUUACGACGAAACAGUUCGAGUAAUCGCAAUGAACAAAAAUUACCAUGUUAGCUGUUACAAAUGUGAAGUUCGUACAAAAGAGUCAAAGCAUACAUAA